AUGUCGCAGCUGGACUUUAAAGCUUUCAAGCAAGCUGGAGCCAAGGUGAAAACGCUUGUGUUCCAUCCUGUCCAGCCCUGGUUGGCCUAUGCAGACGUCAAUCAGGCUAUUACUGUGUGGGACUGGUCGAGUCAGCAGGUGGUGUGGGAGGUCCAACUCAGUGGAGCCGAUGAGGGCGCGCUGCAGGAUGCCAUGCUGCAGCGCCUGGCAGAGAAGGAGACUGGUUACUAUGGCAAAGCCGGCAUCCCCAGGCCGGGCGCCACUUCAAAGGGAGCGGCUCCUGGAGCGGUGAAGGAUCUGCAAUUCCUGGACACAGAAGCCUGCUACUGGCAGCUGGCCCUGCAGAAUUCCAUGCAGUACAGGGCGCACUCCAAGGCUGGCAUCCCACACUUGGGGCGAGUGAGGGGUCUGAAGGGGCAUCGGUGGCUCAUUGCAGCCUGCGAGACCAAGAUCCUGAUGACAGACCUGGUCUCCCGGGCCACGAGGGAGGUGCCGCGCGCAGUGCUGGAUGGCAGAGCGCCCACCAGCCUGGCCUUCCUCUACAAGUGCUCUCCCCUGCUGCUUGGGUACGGUGCUGGGGACAACAACAGUCAGGCCAUAAUCACGCCUGUCAUAGCCGUUGGCACCUCUGCCGGCGUCGUCUACCUGAUCUCCGUCUCCACACUGCAGGUCUACGCAAAGCUGACGGGCGCGCACAAGUCGGCGGUGACGAAGCUGCUGGUGCUGGGCGGCCGCGAACAGGGCGGCCCGGACAUGCUGCUGUCCUGCUCUGCCGAUGGCACCGUGGCUGUGUGGGAGCCCUCCGCCACAGCCCCUCAGGGCCCUGACAAAGAGAUCAGCGCCAAGGUCACAUUUAAGGCGCACGAUGGAGCGGUGCUGACGAUGCAGCUGUUCCAGGUGAACCAGGGCUCCCCGGACCCCGGCCCCCUCCGCCUUAUCACCUCAGGUGAUGACAAGCGUGUGGCAGUGUGGGCAGCCUGGACCUGGAAGGAGGAGGCGCGGACGAGGCCGUUUAUCAAGGGGGCCGCCGACUCAUUAGCAUUUAGCCCCCGAGCGGGAGCGGCCACCGGCGCGGAGCCAUGCAUCGUGCUCGCCUCUGGAGAACGUGCCGCCCUGUGGGGACUGUAUCCAACAUCGAGGCAGCUGGAGGCGAAGGAGGUGGCCUCUCUGGAGAGUCUGGUGCCGGCAGGCCAAAAGAAGGCGCCCAAGGUCUAUGCUGUCGCCUGCCACCCUCUUCUGCCUCACUUGAUCGCCGUGGGGGCAAACACUGGUGUCGGCCUGCUGUCAUUCGACCCCCACGUGCAGCUCCCAUUCGCAGCGUUCCCUCUAAUCGCCCCGUCACCCGCUGACCUGGACAGCCCAAGGGCCAGUGCCGCCAGUGCGUCCGCGUCCGAUUACCGGGGCUGCGGAUACGCAUUUGCCACCGACUCGCAGCUCUGGCACGUCGCUUACAGGCCGGGAUGGAGUGAUGGCCCGAGCGGCAGGCAGCUCACCGCGGACCUCAAGUCCAAACGCAGCGUUGCCAGCUUUGGCCCGCACGGCAGGGCUGAGGUGGCGAUGAGCUGGGACGGGGCGCACUGCAGCGUGGUGUGGCCGGGCGAAGCCGAGUACGCGGUGUACGCCACAGAGUCGCUGGCCUCAAAGGCGCCCUGGAGGCAGAUUGCGCGCGGCAGCGGAGUCUCCCUGGCCUGGGCGUCUGCCUCGUCUACUUUUGCUGUGCUGCACAUUCCAAAGGCUGCCGCCCCAGAGCUGAUGAGGCGCAGCAAGAAGAAGUCGAAAGCAAAGGAGGAGGAGGCGGCCGCAGCGGCCGCUGCUGCGGCCGCAAGCGCUGCUGCCGCAGCCAACACCGAGGUCAAGGUGUACAGGGGGGAGGACGGCGGUGCGGUGAAGGAGGUGUGCAGCAAUGUCAUCAUGGGAUCUGACCGGCCCACCUCGCUGCAUGGCGGGGCAGUGCUCGGUGUCGGCUUUGACAAGAAGAUCCGGCCAGGGCACAGGCGGGGGCAGACCAUGCGGUGGUACUCCUGGAAGACCUAUGGGGGAAUUGGAGGGGUGAUGGUUGAGCCACGCUGGGUUUCCUGGGCCCCGGACGCCAGCGUGGCAGUGCUGGCCUAUGAAGAUACCCUUGUCUUCUGCCGCACCCAGCCCAGCUUCUCAGCGUUUGCCUCGCUUCCCCUGAAGGAUGCGACAUCUGGCGCGUGGCACAGCCACCAGCUGUACGUGACCACGCCGUCCUCUGUCCACUGCGUGAUGGUAGCGGGCGGCGCCGGUGCAACAGCGCCACAUCUAGAGGCGGCGGCGGCCGGCGACGCGGUGGCGGCGCUGCCGGCCGAGACGCUGCGGUGCGCGGGGCCGGCGGCGGCCGUGGGAGUGCGCGAGGGCGUGCUGUGGCUGCUGGAUGCACGUGGGCAGCCCUUUGUGCUCCCAGUGUCCCAUGCCGGUCUGCGUGCGCGUUCCCUCGCCCUCGCCGGCGCCCCUGCCGCCGCCCGCAGCAUCGCCGAGCAGGGGCUGUGGCAGGGCAACCACGACGGUCUCGCGGCGUUCCUGGCGGCAACGGGGCCGGCCGCGCUCCCGGACGCGGCGGCGCUGUCGGGCCUGUCGCUGCGCGCGGAACUGCGGCUGUGCCGAGGGGCCGGGCAGCUGCGCCGCGCGCUCGCAUGCCUCACCGCCAUGGCCGCCGGCGCCAGCGAGCGCUCCGCCCUCACCGGCCUGCCCUGCUGGCGCGGCUCCGACAGCUUCAUGCGGCCCUCCACCGCAGCAGGGCGCCUGUCUCCGCAGAUGAGGCCCUCGCUGUCUCCUGAGGGCGCCCAGGCCGCGGAUUUCCUCUCCCUUGACUCCAUACCAGCCACAUCAGGAGCGUCACCAGAAGGGGAGGAGGCUGUGGACUGGGAUGCUGGAAUGGGCUCGGCAGCAGGCGGUGAGGCAAGCAGUGAAUCUGAUAUGCCGGUGAGCAGCGGAAGCAUUCCAGGUGUGGCGGAGGAGGCGCUUCUGCUGGCAGAGGCUGCAGAGGGCUCCAAACAGAGCCACAGAGGCAUCGCGGCGGCGGCGCUACGCAUAGCGGCGCAGCAUGUGGGCGGGCUGCCGGAGGAGCGGCUGCCGGCGCUGGUGGCGCGGCUGAUGCGCGCGGGGCUGCUGCAGGAGGCGCUGGCGGCCGCAGGGAAUGCGCCCGAACAGCUGCUCCCCCUCGUUGCCGCCCUUUCGGGGCCGUCCCCUGCCAUCCCCGCCGCCCUGGAGGCUGCCGGUUUGGUGCCCCAAGCUGCCAUCUACACGCAUGCGUGGCGAGCCGGCAACAUGCUGACAGCGACCAGUGUGUGGGGAGAGCGCCUCAGUUCAGCAGCCGGCCAUGGGCACAACGUGUCUGUUGCGCCGCCGGUGCAAUGA